AUUCAUAGUUACACCAUACGUAAGACAAAGAAAAAGGAGGUGUAAAUGACACUUUUCAAGUGAGAGUUUAACAAACUUUCGAUUUCAUUUCCUGGUCUGCGAAACUGUUUAGAAAAUGAAUAAAACUUGCGAGGUUUGCCAAAAAGAAGGAAGAUACAAAUGCCCUACCUGCCUUAUUUUCUACUGUUCAGUGACCUGCUGCAGGAAACACAGAGAAAAUAAAUGCGAAGUUCUCAAAAGCGACCUAAAAGAAGAUGAUAAAAAUGAACUUAUCGUGAAGAAAAGGAAACUAGAAAGUACAGAAACGGAUACUGUGCUUAAGGAAAAAUUGGAACUUAUUAAAACCAGUGAAGAUGUCAAGAAACUGUUGGCUAAUGGUCAUCUACGCAAUUUAUUGGUAACCAUCGAUAAGUCUGAAAAUGCUGAAGAAGUGAUGCAGAAGGCGAUGCAAGAACCUAUUUUUUUAGAGUUUGCUGAUGCUUGUCUCAAGGUUGUUGAACCACAGGCUGAAGAAGAUGCAUAAGACUGAAUCUCUGUUUUUAGUAUCUGGACUUUUAUAUACAACAUGCACUUGACAGUGUAUGCAGGAAUCUGUAGAUAGACUAAGGACAUUUCAAAAAAGUUUAAAUUAAAAGUAAUGCAGUAUUAAGGCUUAUUUACAAGUUAAAUAUUUCGUUAAUAUUUGUUGCUUGAUUUAGAAUGCCCAGAAUAUGACUAUUAUGGAGUUAUACUCAUGGUUUGAUAUUUAGAAUUUACGAUAUGACCUACAAAAGUGAAGAGACAUGGAAUAUUUUUAAUCCUGAGUUAUUUAUAAUCGUAGGUACUUCAUGCCUUCAAAAAUCAUUUAUCUCAAAAUUAUAUUUAGUCAAAAAAUGCAAAAAUAUCUCACUCUCUGAUAGUUGUGAGUCAAGCCAAAAACUAAUUAUUGAAAUAAUUGCUACAUUUAUAUCGACUUUAUUUCAUUAGUUUUUGCCCACUUUUAGACAACAGCUUAGUUCUAUUAGUCAUGCAAGAGUUAAUUGUUAGUGUUGUAAAUCAAAUUAUAAAUAAUUUUUUUUUGUAUAUUAGCUUAAUUGAAUUGAACACAUAAUUGAGUAUUUUAAAAAGAUUAAAGUUUAUUCAUCUUGAUAUUACCUAGGACAUGAAAAAAGAUAACUAUGUUACAAGAUAAUUUAUUUCAAAUGCAGAGCUUUUCAUUUUUUAGUCUUAAUGGACGUGGCACAUUCCUUAUGGCAAAUGGCUCCUGGUCAAAUUGACUGCAAUUUUAGUAUAUUUUUCUCCAUAUCAAUCUGACCAAAGUCUCCAGUCCUAAAAUCAAAAGUGUCCAUGUUAAUAGGUAAGAAAUGUGUCUGAUGAGCCAAAUCUUCAUUAUAGAAGCUACUUAGUUUUUAAUCAGUGGUCAAAGGAAUCGUACAAUCAUGUAUAUCGUAAGCCUAUAGCUUUUUUGUAAUUGUUGAGCUUGUAACUUGAAAGCCGUUGAUUUUAGGACGAUAGUUCAAUGGAUACUUUUGAUCAGAUUGCCAAUUUGACCUUUCUGUCAUGGUUGUUGAUGUUUCUCUAUGCUUUUCUCAGGGUUUUUCUUUAUUUUUGUUGGUUUCAUCGUAUCAUUGCUUUACUAUGUGAUAUUCAUAUAUAGUUUUAAUAAGUCUUAUAUAGACAGUUAUCUUUUAUACAGAUUGUACUUAACUAUUUUAUAGUUAAAAAUAUACAUGUAUAAGUUAUGUAGGAUAUCUGUUAUUUUCAAAGUUACAUCACAGUGUACUGAAUAUCUAAUGUGUUGAAUAUAUUCUACUUAUAUGUAUAA